AUGGAUUUAAUGCUUGUAAAUAAAAAGUGUUAUGAAGCAGUACUUUUUAUUAAAACAAAUCCAUUAAUUCUUCCUACAAAAGAGAAUAGAGAUGUUUUUUAUCAAUUUAAAGCUGUUGACUCUUUUUGGAAAGAGUUAACAAUAUACCCUAACUUACAAACUGUUAAUAUAUUAUCUGAUUUCAUUCAACAUUGUUCAAAUGAAUUAAGAAGGUUUGAUCAAAUACGAAUAGUUGAGUCAUUAGACACAGAUUUUAGUAGAAAUAAUUGGAUUUGGUCAAGAGUAAUAGAAUUAAAUGUAAUUGUUAAAGAAAUUCCAAUUGAUAUAUCACAAUUUCAUUUUUUAAAAAAGUGUAGAAUAGAAAUGGAGAUAAAAGAGCCAUGGAAAAAGUGUUUUGGAGAUGAAACACAGAAACUUGAGUUAUUAAGAAUAAAAAGUUCAAUAGAAUCAGUUGAUAUGACAUUUAUUCCAUUAUUAUUAUUAAAGUAUAAUAAAUUUGAACAUUGUGUUAUUCAAGUUAUGGGUGGAAGUAUUUCAACAAAUGAAAUAUUAUGUACGUUGCUUCAAUAUAAACGAGAUUUUUAUAGAAAUAAAGAUAGAAAUAAUAUAAGAACAUUUGAAAUAUGUUGUGAUUAUUGGAAUGGAAAUGAUUGUAUUAUUCUUCCAUAUGAAAAUAAGUGGACGUUCUGGGAUUGUGGUAUUUCUUCAUUUAAAGAAGUAUUUAAUCAAUACUUACCAUUUAACCCAUUUUUCUUUUCUCAAAAGAAACAACAAAUUGAAUUUAAAACUGAAUGGGAUAUUAAUAAUAUAAUAAUUAAUAAACCAUUAAAAUUUAUUUUUUCAAGUCAAUUUAAUUGGUAUAAAAGUGAAUUAAAUAAAACAUGUAUUAACCAAAUUAUUGAAGAAAAAAUUAUUGAUGUUUGUAAAAAGACAAAAAAUGGAAAUGAAAGUAAACGAUUUCAAACAAUAACAUCAAAUUCAAAAAAUAUUUUGAUUCAAAAUAGUAAAAUUAAUAUUAAAGACAAGUCAUUGUAUUAUUUAAAAAUGGAACAUUCAAUUAUUUCAUCUUUUCUUUAUCUUCCAAACUUAAAAAUAUUAGAAAUUGAUUACUUACCAACUUCUUUAGAUGGUCUUAAUAUAUCUUGCCUUAUUCUGAAUAAUUGUCAAGAUAUUAACUGGAAUCAACUUUCUUAUUUAUCUUCUCUUCGUACAUUAGAAAUUUAUAACUUUAAUUCAAAUGAUAAUUUACUAAUAAAUAAAAUAUCUGAGCUUCAAACAUUAAGAUUAGACCAUGUUGUUUGUGAAAGAAUUAUAUUUCCUAAUAGUAUUAAACAAAUAUUUAUGUAUAAAGUUAAUAACCAUUCAGCUAUUAUUGACUUAUCUGAGGUUCAAUUAGAAAUAUUAAGAAUAGUUCAUUGCGAUUCUUUAAAAUUAAAAAUUAAUUACAUUAAUAUGUUUCAGUGUUAUCAUUCAUUGAUUAAAACAAAAGGGAAUUUGACUGAUAAAUCAUUUGGAUCUAUUCAAAUUAUUCAGAGUGAGUGUUGUAUUGAUAUAUUACAAAAAAAGAUUAAUUCUAUUUAUCCAAUAAUGAAUUAG